AUGGUUGUAGAUUUGUGCGAACAGAUCAUCGGCGCACCGCCCUGCGACCCCGAUGAAUCCUUGCUGAGUAUUUGUCCCUCAUGUGGCGAACAUCUUCAGAGCAGCAGACCAUGCUUAACGAUAAUUCACCAAAGACACGAAGACAACAUGGUGUCCGGCUCUGAAGGUGUCCGUCACGUCACGGACGUAAGCUCGGCAAGGAUUCAUUGGGGUCGCAUGGCGGUGCGCCGAAGACCUAUUCGCACAAAUCUACAACCACAGCUCCAAGGUAACCCCCCCACAGCCUCCGGUGGAACCAACUUACGAAUCCCUUCCACUCGCCUCUUCAAACGAAAUGAAAGGCACUCCAACAUGAAUCUAUUAAGAGAUUCUUCGAAAUCCAGUUUUUCUAAAUACCUACGAAAGCUUAGCUUGUUUGCACUAGAAACGAAGAGCAUUACUUCAGGACAGCGUCAACAAGAAUUUUCCAGCAAAGCCAACUGGCAGCUGGUCACGAGGAAUCCGCCGUGGUUUUCUGGGGGGAAAAACCGUCUAGUCUAUUCGUCGCACACUUUUACUAGAAAUGUAAGUGGGCUCAACCUUUCGUCUACCUCAUUGGUGUCCCAUCUAGGAUUUGGCGGAAAUCCUUUAACCAAUUUUUGA